AUGUGCCCUCACCAAAACGUCGAGUCCGUGCCCGCUGACAAGAGCGAAAUGGUCCAGGUUUCCCUCACAAACGGCCACUCCAAGCCCAAUGGCGUCAACGCUAACGGAAAGAGAGGGACAUCGCGUGCUCCCAAUGCCCACCUCGAGCAACAGAAGGUCAACCCAUACGCUCCCCGGGCUUCCGAUUUCCUCUCCAACAUCUCCAAUUUCAACAUUAUCGAGAGCACACUGCGGGAGGGAGAACAGUUCGCCAAUGCGUUCUUUGACACUAAGACCAAAAUUGCCAUUGCUAAGGCCCUCGAUGCCUUCGGCGUUGAGUACAUCGAGCUCACAUCGCCGGCUGCCUCUGAGCAAUCACGUCUUGACUGUGAGGCCAUUUGCAAGCUCGGUUUGAAGGCGAAGAUCCUCACUCACAUCCGGUGUCAUAUGGAUGAUGCUCGUAUUGCUGUUGAGACUGGUGUGGACGGUGUUGAUGUCGUCAUUGGUACCUCCUCGUUCCUCCGCGAGUUCUCCCAUGGCAAGGACAUGGCCUACAUCACCAAGACCGCCAUCGAGGUUAUCGAGUACGUCAAGUCCAAGGGCAUCGAGGUUCGGUUCUCUUCAGAGGACUCGUUCCGCUCCGAUCUAGUCGAUCUCCUUUCCAUCUACCAAACCGUCGACAAGAUUGGCGUCAACCGUGUCGGUAUCGCUGACACUGUCGGCUGCGCAAACCCCAGACAGGUGUACGACCUCGUCAGGACGCUUCGUGGCGUUGUCGGAUGCGAUAUCGAAAUCCAUCUCCACAACGACACAGGAAUGGCCAUUGCCAAUGCAUACACCGCCUUAGAGGCUGGUGCAACCCAUAUCGACACAUCCGUCCUUGGUAUCGGGGAGCGUGUCGGAAUCACGCCAUUGGGCGGUCUCGUCGCUUGCCUCUAUGCCGCCAAUCCAGAAUAUGUCAAGUCCAAGUACAACCUUCCAAUGCUCCGAGAAAUCGAAAACUUGGUCGCCGAGGCCGUCGAGGUCAACAUCCCUUUCAUGAACCCAAUCACCGGCUACUGUGCCUUCACACACAAGGCUGGUAUCCAUGCCAAGGCUAUCCUCAACAACCCCAGCACCUACGAAAUCCUUAAACCUGAGGAUUUCGGCCUGACGCGUUACGUGUCUAUUGGUCACCGUCUGACCGGAUGGAACGCUGUCAAGUCUCGUGUUGAGCAACUUGGGCUCCAACUUUCUGAUGCGGAGAUCAAGGACGCAACGGCGAAGAUUAAGGAGCUGGCUGAUGUUCGGACGCAAUCCAUGGACGACGUCGACUCUCUUCUUCGCGUCUACCACUCAGGCAUCCAGUCUGGCGAGCUCGCUGUGGGCCAGAAGGAGGCGCUUGAUCGCCUGCUCAAGAAGCACCGCGACCAAGCUCAUGGACGCGAAAGCAGCCCGUCCAGAGAACGAGAGGAUUAG